AUGUCAGAUGAGACAGAUCUGAAAAAGGUUUCAAUUCUCGCAUCAGCCCGAAAAGCAGCAGAGGCGGCAGAUCUUCCACAGAAAGCCCGAUACACUCCACCAUGGGCGGACAUGAGCAUCAUUGGUAUCGCUGGAUCUUCGGGCUCGGGGAAGACAAGUCUAGCUAUUGAGAUCGUUCAGUCUCUGAACCUGCCCUGGGUCAUCAUCUUGUCUAUCGAUUCGUUCUACAAAUCACUCACGCCCGAACAAAACGCCUUGGCGCAUCGUAAUGAAUGGGAUCUUGACUCUCCAGAGUCGAUCGAUUUUGACCUUCUAGUGGCAAAGCUUCUCAGCCUGAAGCAAGGAAAGAGAACCGAUAUUCCCGUCUACUCGUUCCAGCAACAUCAGAGGUUGGAGAAGACCGUUUCACUAUACUCGCCACAUAUUGUGGUUCUCGAAGGAAUCCUUGCUCUGCACGACCCAAGGGUGCUAGAGCUGCUCGACAUGAAGAUAUUCGUAGAGGCCGAUGCGGACGUGUGCUUGUCAAGACGCAUCGUCCGGGAUGUGAGGGAGCGAGGCCGCACCAUUGAAGGGACAAUCAAACAAUGGUUCAGAUACGUCAAACCAGUAUUCCAGAAGUACGUCGAGCCGCAACGAGAAACCGCAGACCUCAUUGUCCCACGAGGCAUGCAGAACAAGAUGGCGAUUCAGAUGAUCGUCAAUCAAACAAGACAGAUCCUCAAGGAGAAAUCCAUCAAGCAUAAUGCCGAGCUGGAAAGGCUGGGUCAACAAGUGGAUAUCUACAAGCUCCCUGAGAACGUGAUCGUACUUGGGGGCACACCACAAAUCACAGCCGUGUCAACGAUCCUACGGAAUCCAAUAACAGAUCAGGUCGAUUUCAUCUUCUAUUUCGACCGGUUGACGGCCUUGCUGAUCGAAAAAGCCCUGGACUGUCAUAACUACGUGGCUCAUGAAAUCUCCACCUCGCAGAAGUUCGCCUAUUCUGGCCUGAAAUCCGCGGGCACGAUUUCCGCUGUGGUCAUUCUCCGCGGCGGAAGUUGCAUGGAGACUGGUCUGAAGCGGACUCUGCCGGACUGUCUGACCGGGCGACUACUCAUCCAGUCCAACAUUCGCACUGGAGAACCAGAACUACACUACCUGAAAUUAUUCCCAGACAUCGGGGAGCACGAGACGGUCAUGCUUUUAGACCCGCAGAUGUCGAGUGGCGGAGCGGCGUUGAUGGCUGUAAAGGUCCUCGUGGAUCACGGAGUCGCAGAAGCGAGAAUCGUAUUCGUCACUUGUUUGGCCGGCCGUCGUGGCUUGAAGAGGCUGAUGACAGUGUUUCCCAAGAUCAAGGCUGUGGUAGCCAACAUUAUUGAGGACCACGAGAAACGAUGGGUUGAAGAAAAAUACUUUGGUUGCUAA